UUAUUCAUAUUCAUGAGCGAAGCAUUCUGAUUGGUCGUUGGGUUUCCGCUCAUAUGAAGCGCGCCUGGACGCCGCUCGCAGCUGUCAGAUAAUGAUUUCAAGAUUACUGUGUUGUAUUUAUUUUUAAAUCAUUUUAAUUCACAGCUCAUAACAUAAACUCUUAACUCCAUCAAGCCGCAGCCAGGUUUAAAUGGCAGCAGAAGAGAGCCAGGGUGCUGGAUUCACCCGGCAGAUCUCUGGAUCCUCGAAGUCAUGGGAACUGGAGUCAUUUCUGACCAAUCGUACGCUUUGCUUUGUGACAAGAUUGGAGCAACAGUUUAUUUGUCCGUCCUGCAGUGGCAUUGUACUAAAUCCACAUCAGACGGGCUGUGGACACAUCUUCUGUUCUCAGUGCAUACGCACAUACAUUGAAAAUGGAGAAAUUUCAAAAUGUCCUUUAGACAACAUUUCCAUUAAACCUGAAGAGACUUUUCAAGACAAUUGCUGUAAAAGAGAACUGCUGAACUUAGAGGUUUACUGUAUCAACGCUCCAGACUGCACACAGAGGAUCACCUUAUGUUAUCUGCAGGAUCAUCUGAAUGUUUGUCCAUAUGAGCGACUCAGAUGCUCAAACUCAGGUUGCACAGAAGUUUUGUUACGUAUGAACCUAUUAGGACAUCAGACGAACAUCUGUUCCUUCAGACUGGAGUCCUGUGAACACUGCAGACAGUCUUAUCCUGUAUCCAAACUACUGGACCAUCAGAUGACCUCAUGCCCAGAAGUUGAGAUCCAGUGUUCCAACAACUGUCCACAGAUGAUCAAGAGACACAAGCUACAGGCGCACGAUGAUGAAUGUCCUGAAGUCCAGACAGACUGCAUUUAUAAAAACUACGGCUGUACAGUCAGAGAUAAAAGAGGAAAAGUGGAGGUUCAUGAAAACACAGAGUUCAGCUCACACAUUCGGCUUGUGCUGGAGAGUAACACCAAACUUGAGAAACAGGUGGAGCAGUUACAGAAGGACAUGCUGGUCCAGCAGGGGACACUAAAAGACAAAAGUCUCACGCUCAGCAGUCUGGAGAGGGACAUCAGUUUAUGCGAUAACACAUUGGCUACCUUACAGAGGUCUGUUGAAGAGCAGAGAUUACGUAUCUGUAGUGUACAGUGCGAACUGCGGGACCUGCGAGGUGUUUUGGGCUCGAAGGUGCGUGAUGAGCUCCCAUCUCUCCGAACAUCACUGGACUCACUCAGACAACAGGUGGCUGUCACCGAAAGCCUGAGGGAACACCUAGGUGCAUUAGAGCAGACGUGUCAGCGUCACAGCCGUUUGUUGGACAUUCAUGUGGAACAGCUCCAGUGUAACGAGCAGCGCUUUCACCAGCUUGAAUCCACCUCCUAUGAUGGCAAACUCAUUUGGAAGGUGCGCGACUACAGGCGGAGUAAAGAAGCCGGGACCCCCGUCAACUCGACCCCCUUCUACACCAGCCGUAGCGGCUAUAAGCUUAAAAUCAGGGCUUACCUCGGAGGAGACAGCUCAGGUAAAAGCACUCACCUGUCGCUCUAUGUCACCAUAAUGCACGGAGACUUCGACUCGCUCUUACCGUGGCCUUUCCGUCAAAACAUCACGUUGACGUUGCUGGAUCAAAGCGGCUCGAGGAAUCACAUGAGCAUUACUUUCACUCCCGAUCCCAACAGUGACAGCUUUUGCCGGCCAAUAUCUGAUGCCAACGUGGCCGCAGGGUUCCCACGGUUCAUAUCGCACGCUGACCUGGAAACCCCUCGAAAUGCUGUUUAUGUUAGAGAUGACACACUGUUUAUCAAAGCAAAGGUGGACACAACAGGGUUAGAAGACUUGUAGUUUUACAAACAGUCUCGAAACAUUACCUUUAGAUACUUGGGAGUCUUGGCAGUGUCACAUUAUAGAUGCAUAAAGAUUAGGGUUAGGUAAGGUACAGUAUCUGUAAUAAUGUCAAUCUGAAUUCAGUUUUUUUAUUGACCUACAGCAGUCAUUUGAUCCAGUUGUCUUUAAUUUGUGAAAACAUUUGAAGAGUUUGGUUCCAAAACGCAAUAGAUCCAUUUUGGCUAAUUUGGGCAAAAAUGUAUUUUCUAUACCAAGUAAGUGAGCAUCUUUGGCCCUGUUUACAUUAGAGCAUUUGCAUUUUAAAACG